CCUCCCGUAAACUGUGUCGACUGACUCGAGUCUUGACGUCUGCAGACGUCACUUAAGUCACGAUAUGUAGUAGUAUUUCCAAGUUCUAGGUAUAGAUUAUAUGGCUAAGGGCGCAAUUUCCUUAUUUGCAUGAGACCUAGGUUGCAGAGUGAAGGAGGGGAAGUUCCAAGUGUGUCUGAUGAAGAAUGUCAUUAAAAUGCAGUGGAGGAUAGUCCUUUUGACACUGACUUUUACCUCGGCAUUUGGAGACGAUGUUAAACCUGGACAAGAUAAAACUGCCCAGGCAAAUGGACUACUACAGGAAAAGAAAGUUAAUGGAACUAAUGGCAGUGUCAUGAAGAAUGUCAUUAGUGAUGGCAAGUCUCCAGUUAUAUUUACGUCUAUCUCAACAACAACUUCUACAACAGAAGCUCCUCACCUGAAACUGCAUGUUGGAAAUGCAACUAUUGAAAAUGUAUGCAACAUCUCCUCUGAUGAAUAUACUAAGUUAACAGUGUUUUACCCUCAACAUUGUACAAAUGAGGGGGAAGCUGAAGGACAAGAUGAACCGGGGGGUGUUGUUGAUGUGGAGUCGUCCAAUGAAACAACUGUGUGCCAUACAAGUGCAGAUUUACCUGCUGUAGGAGCGGCAGAGCAAGAACACUUGUCAUCUCUCUCCAUAUUUCUUAUUUUAUGUGUUUUAGCAUUAUGUGUGAUCCUGAUCUUCUUUCUUCUGAAAACAAAGUUGAAUUAUCUUCCAGGUGUUGCUUGUGUUAUUGUGGGUGGUGUGAUUGGCUUGGUGCUGAAAAUCAUGUAUAGUCGGCACAUUGCAAACUGGCAGAAAGAAGAGGCAUUUUCUCCCACUGUUUUUUUCUUGGUUAUCUUACCUCCAAUUAUUUUUGAAUCGGGCUACAAUCUCCAUAAGGGGAAACUUUUCCAGAACAUUGGUUCGAUAGUUGUGUUUGCUAUUUUGGGUACUGUGAUAUCAGCCCUGGUUGUUGGAGGAGGAGUCUACCUUUUGGGCCAGGCUGAUGUUGUAUAUCGACUGAGCUUUGUGGAGAGCUUUGCAUUUGGGUCUUUGAUUUCAGCAGUAGAUCCAGUUGCAACUUUAGCUAUUUUUCAUGCCCUCAAUGUGGAUCAGGUUCUUUAUAUGCUUGUCUUCGGAGAGAGCAUACUCAAUGAUGCAGUUUCUAUUGUUCUUACAAGCACUGUAUUGGAAAUGGCUUCACCAGCAAUGGCAUCUAUGGGGUCUGGAGAAGCUCUUUUGUACACAGUGUGGCAUUUUUGUGUCAUGUUCUUUGCCUCGGCUGGUAUUGGUGUGGCUUUUGCACUUCUGAGCGCUCUGACCCUAAAAUAUGUCCCAGUACGAGAGUAUACAUCAUUGGAAUUGUGCAUCAUCAUUAUAUUCAUUUAUGCACCUUACACCUUGGCUGAAGGCAUACAUCUGUCUGGUAUCAUGGCUAUUCUCUUCAAUGGUAUUGUCAUGUCACACUACACACAUUUUAACAUGUCUCCUGUGAUGCAGAUAACUAUGCAGCAUCUGAUGCGUACUCUUGCUCUCAUUGCUGAGUGUACAGUCUUCAUUUACUUAGGGUUGGCUCUCUUCAGUUUCAAGCACCAGUUCCAUCCAGCACUUGUGGUGUGGAGCAUUGUCUUGUGUCUGUUGGGCAGAGCCUUCAAUAUCUUCCCACUUUCCUGGGUUGUGAAUAAGUUCCGUGACCACAAAAUCAAUUACAAGAUGAUGUUUAUUAUGUGGUUUAGUGGUUUACGAGGGGCUAUUGCAUAUGCUCUAGCUCUGCACUUGGAGUUUAGCGAUGAAAAACGUCAUGUUAUUGUUACAACUACGCUUAUAAUUGUGCUCUUCACAAUAUUUUGUUUAGGGGGUUCCACAAUGCCACUCAUAAAGUAUCUGAAGGCUGACAAGAGGCAGAAGCAUCGACGACAAAAGGAAGCAGAUAAGGAACUAACACUUAGUAAAACCAGGGAGUGGGGACAAGCUGUAGAUUCUGAGCAUCUAUCCGAAUAUACAGAAGAAGAAAGUGACACACCCACUGGGCCACAAGUCAGAGGCUUUUUACGUCUAGACCUCUUGUAUUUACGUCCCUUCCUUAUACGGAAGGUAACCCAUCAAGAGGUACGGUCACAUGCUCAUGAUUUAAAGAAGCAGUGUUAUCAGAGUAUUAAUGUACAGCCAUCGGAUUCCGAGGAGGAGGAAGAUCUCUUUACUGCACAUUGAAGUUUCAUCGAAUGGAUGUUUAUAAGUUUUUCUUGGACUGUAAAUUUUUUGUAUAUGUGGAUUGUUUUUAUCAGAUUAUAUUCAGAUAUCUAAUAGUUUUAUAAGGUUUUGAUAAAUGUAAUAUAUUGUUAUACAGUAUUUCUAGUCAACACAGUAUUUAAGGUUCUAAUGCUCACUUGGUGAUACUAGUGCUAUAAAAUUUAUUAAAGGUUGAAUGUUGUUAAUUUGAAAACCUGAUUGAAGGUUGAUUAUUUGUUAAUGUUAAGGUUUGCCUUUCAAUAAUGUUUGCCUUUCAAUAAUGUUGAUAAAUAAAUAUUGAUUUGAACCACCACAAAUUUAUGCACAUACGUAUUGGAAUUUUCAUUUGAUUUGUAGAUCUGAUUUUUCAGUUCUAUCCGUGAGUCACAUGCCAUCAUAAUGGCUGUACUUGUACUCUUUCAGAUUGAAAAAGUUCUUGUAAUAAAUUUCUGUCAAACCUU